UAUGGUUUUAGGUUAAAUAUUAUACCGGUAAGUGUUGUGUAAAAAGUGUUUGUUUUAUUAUAUUAAUUUAGUGUUAAGUGUAUAAAAACUGUAUAAUCAUGCCUGCUUGGGAUUCUUUCGAGUGCCUUAACUGUGAUACAUUUUAUAACAUCAAAGUUAAAGACGAUUUGAAUCGCAUAUUUUACUCCAAUGGCUUGUUUGAUGUGCAACUCAUUCAAUUGAAAAACACAAAAUGUUAUAACAAUUUACUUUACCUUGAAGUCGAGCUUUUUAUGAAACUAGUUGUUAAAGCAUGGAAACAGAUCGAAGAGGUGAUUUUUUCGGACUACAUUUCCCCAGUGUCUCAAACUAUGAACUUGCGCGGAGAAAUAGUAAACAUACUGUUAAGUUUUCAAGAAUGUUUGCUCAUAAACAGAUAUGAAAACAAUUUUUUGGAAAUACAAGACCAACUUUACAAAUCGCUUAAUUUAAUUAAAAAGUCUGUAUUUCCUAUUCACAAACUAAAUGAAAGGUGCUUAAAGAAAAUCAUUCAUGCCAAAUAUGAACGGAAAUCUCCUGCUUAUGUUUUUCUGCAUAGUUACUUAGACCUCCAGUGGUUGAUACUAUCGAUAGUGUUUUUGGCAUCCAAAAAUGAAGAAGACAUAAGAAUUCAGCUUACAAACAUAUUUAAAGAUUUAAUAAAAAUUUCUUAUAGCAGUCACAAUUUUUUUCACAGCAAUUCGUAUACUUUUGGAUGUUUGUGUAUUAAGAAAAUGUGGCUGAAACUACAGUUAUUUACUGAAAACUGCGGUAUAUCAUUUUGGGAUGUGUUAAAUCCUGUUUUAAACUAUGAUGAAGAAUUCUCCCUGUGGUUAAUUUUAAACAUUGCUUCACUACAAGGAAUAAACAAAGAUAUGGAAUUUGUGGGAGCAAACAGUGAUAGAAUUAAACCUAAUUUUCCAAUUGUUGAAUCUCAAUUAAAAUCAUUUCUAAAAAAAUCCAUAGACAAUAAGGAAUUUCUCAAGUUAUUAAAGCAUGUAGAUAAUUUAUUGAAUUAUUGGUGGAUAAAUCAUGCCAAAAUAGAUUUGUAUCAAAUAUUGUGGGAUUAUUUCAACAAGAAGUUAAAUAGUUCCUUUACAAACGAAAAACCCUUUAAAUGUAUUCAAGCUUUCGUUAACUUUAUUGACCAGUUAGUAUCAGAAAAGUUCCAUUCAUGUACAAGUUCAUAUGAUUAUUUUUUGCAUAUGUUAGCUAAACAUUUACAAAAUAAUCCUAAUCACUGGCCUCGAAUAAAAGGGAGAAUAUAUUCCCGAUUGCCUUUGCAUAAAAUCAACGAAUUUAAUGAAUUUGGAUUGUACCACAUAAUAAUAUUGUUCCUUUCUCUUCAUGAAAGUGUGAGUUUUGAAGAAAUCACUUCAAAAUUAUUACAAUUUUUAGAAAAUGUCUCACCUGAUCGUCGCAAUUCUGCCUUAAUUUGGAAUACUUACUUAAUGUUGAUAAUAUUUCAUGAGAGAAAGAAAUUAUCUUUGGAAACAGUAGCUCAACCAUUGGUUCAACUUGCUGAAUACUCUUCAAAUAACAGAAGUCUGUAUCAUUUGCUCAAGCUUUAUGUAGAGGGUAUGAAGUAUAUAUUUAAUAUAAAUUACGGAAAUUAUCGAGGAAAAAUUGUCCUCUUAAGCAGUUGGAUGUAUAAAUACAUGUUACACUGUAAACAAGAAGAACUAAUCGUUUUAUUGAACUUUUUAUGCAAUAUGGUGCGCAAAAUUCAGGAGUGUGACGAGUGGCAACCAUGGGAAAAUGUUUUUCAAAUAAAUGUCCUUCCAGGGCUCAGACAAAUAGCUCUAACUCCAGACGUUCCUGUACAGGUUGGGGAGUUGGUUGCUUUGAUAUGCAAAUACAGUAAAGAUUUAUCGAAAGAAUAUGUUCGCCAGUUUACUGAAGAAACGAUUACACCAAGAAUAACAAUUCAGUUUAUCAGUUUUUAUUUAAACGAAAAUAGUGACACGCAAAUUUUGCCCAAAGAUGAAGAAAUAUCAAUAUUACAGGCAUGGAUUCGAUGCAGUCUUAUAACGACCAAUUCAAAUACAAAUUUAUCUAGAAAGGUCUUAAGACUAAAGACAUUUUCUUCCUGUGGUAUUUCAUCAAAUUGCGAUUCCUUACACUCGUUCAUUAAAAGUUUAAGUCUGAAUAUCGUGCCUCAUUCGAGUAAUGCAUCAUUGAAAGAAGUUUGUGAGAUUUGUUUCGGACAUGCAGACACAUGGAUAGAAAAAAUUAUCAAGAUGCCCACUUCUGAAGAGUUACUAGUACAUAUUUAUGCCAUGUUUGGAGUCCUGUUUUACCACUGCUCAGUUCUUCUUUAUAAUAAAGCAAAAUCAAACUGUUUGUUGAGUCGUUUAACUAAUACAUUGCUUUUGCCAACUGAUUUUCUCAAAGGAAAAGUCCCUCAUAAUUUUAUUUUGAAUGCGCUUCAAAGAACAUGGCACUUAUUUGUACAGGGAAUAUUCCAACUUGAUUGUGGGAAUGACCUAUACCUGGAAAGACUAAUGAAAGACUUAAUUGUACGUUAUUUACCCCAUCUGCCAGUAAAUUCUUCUCCAAUAUUUAAAUGCAUUGAAAAUGAAAAACUUUGCGUCUUUAUUUUUGAAAAAAUUUGUACAGGAUUUCUAUCGCCAAAUUGUAAAUCAAUGGAAACAAGUACCACAAAGGCUUUAAAGAUAAUUAUGGCAUCUCUGCAAAAUUCUCCUACAAACAAAAACGUCAUCAUUAUAAUCCAAAAAACGCUUCCUUCAGUAUUGGAAGUAAUAAUGUUUCAUUCAAAUAAAACAGUUGCAUUGGAAUUAUUGAAAAUGAUAAUCAGUUACAGCAACUUUUCUGGAUUGCAUGACCUUAUAAAAAGCUCAAUAGUAUCACUCGUAGAAAAACAUCUCGCCUUUAAUGUAAAUAACACAUUCCAAUUACUUUCCAUAUUGGUCAAAUUUAUUCCAACUGAUGUUCAAGCAAUUCUUCCCAAUUUAAAAAAACAGGUGACCCUGGUUGAACAAAUGAGAGGUGUAGGCUUCGAUAAUACCCUUAGGAGGAAUCUUGACAAUAUAGAGCAGCUUCUUAGAAAGUAGUUCACUAAAACAAAACUUAUGUAAGUAAAUUUUUGUUUAUACCUCCGUUUGAAGAAAUAAAAAGCAACUUUAUUCUCGCAAUCUAAAUGUUUAGGUAAUGUUUUCACUGGCAAUCAGUUUUAUUUAAGGUACUUUUAUGUACCAUAGCCAUUAAUGAUAUUGUUUUUUAAGUAAAAAACGUACACAUCAUGUAUUGCUUUUUAUUUUUGUUAAAAAAGAAACAAACAGUAGACCGCCGUAUGUCGUGAACAAAUUAAAUCCUCGGUUAUAGAGACGAAUGUCCAUUGGCUUUUAAUAUCGAUAUCUUGUAGCUAUCCUUUGUUGCUGUAAAUUGCCGAUAUACUUGAUACGUCCACAGUCUAAUUACCUAAAGUGAUGUUUUAUUUGUAAUUGGUACAUUGUUUGUUGUUAGUGUUUAUUAGUGGUUGUUAUCUGCGUUCUGCAUGUACAGCCUAAUCGUAAGUAGUUUUCGUACAUAUCAAUAUUUAAGUGAAAUGUCGCUUAAAAAAUCAGUCUUAAGUCUUUAUUAUACAGACUAGUUUUUCCCCCCUAUCAGUCACUGUGAGCUCGAAACUGUUAGCACCAUUGCUUUGAGU